CUGGAUGCGGUGAUUACCGUGACGUGAUUACACAACAAAACAAAAACUUGUCAAACGCCGAAAGGUUUGUGACUUCGAGGGAUUUCGCUUUAUAUAGAGUAUAAAUAACUAUAAAACUAUAGUUUUAUUUAGAAAUUCUCCUGCCAUAAUCAUCGUAGGAAGUUUCUGCCGUUGCUGCAAGAUUGUACCGAAUAUGUAAGCUGUGAUCACAGGUCUCCGCAAGUCUCCCCAGCUAAUAAUAAUAGAAUACCUGCAGUUAUCCUCGGAACCUAAACACAACUGACUGUCAACUUACACCACAAACAUGAGGAUACCCCUAUUCUUCAAAUCGCUUCUGUUGAGCAUUCCGGUUGGGGUCACAUUCUUUGACUGUGUUGGCUAUGUCGCCCGAGUGGAAGGUAUCUCGAUGCAACCGGCGCUAAACCCCGACGGAAGCCCUGUGACCGACUACGUGUUCCUGUCUCGAUGGGCUGUCCGAAAUAUGGAAGUUGAUCGUGGCGACGUGGUUUCAUUAGUUUCUCCUAAGGAUCCCGGUCAGAAGAUUAUCAAACGAGUGGUCGGACUGCAAGGCGAUAUCAUUUCUACGCUUGGCUAUAAGGUUCCAUAUGUUAAGGUCCCCGAGGGACACUGUUGGAUCGAGGGCGAUCACACAGGUAAUUCUUUGGAUAGCAACUCUUUUGGUCCCGUAUCACUGGGACUGAUAACUGCUCGGGCUACACAAAUUGUUUGGCCACCAUCACGCUGGCAAUCGUUGCACUCAAAUGUUCCUAAAACGCGGCAUCCGAUAUCGCUUGGGAAAUCGACAAAUUCGAGCAGUAGUAAUAGCGCCCCUAAUCCAAUAUUGCAAGCGCAGGAGAAACCAUCGUAAACUAUUUUUUUUACAUGAAAUGCUUAGCAUCACCAUCAGGUCUAAAAUCAGGUGCGCUCAUGUUGCUGUUUAAGGAACCACAAAUUGUUAAACAGUAGAUCCAAAUUAUUUUAAUUUUGAAGAUAUUUUUUAGCGUUAAUGUCAAGAAUACUUUCGCGGAUGUUUCUAAAUAUAUUGUCAAUGAAAAUCAAUAA